CCUCUACCCGCGCAUCCUGCGCCUCCACAGCAGCACCACCGGGAUGAUCCUCCGCCGCACCAACACCGACAACCUUCACUUCACUUUCACUCUCAUUUAACCCUUCACUCGGACCCCCGCCGGCCGCCAAGCCACCUACACCCAUGCUUUGCCCUCCUGAGAUGCGAUACCACUACACAAUCCGGAGAAUAUCUACACUUUCCGUUGCUCCUCGCUGAUAGAGAGCAUGCCCGACACAGGGGCCGGCGCUGCGGUCGCGGCGGCCGCCAGUGGUGCGACCACCGCCGGCGACGGCAGCGAGAGCUCCCGGCACCGACACCGAGCGCAGCAAGGGGACCAGGAGAGGCCGGAGCCGGGCUCUGUCCCGCCGCAAGCCUCCUCUGGUGUACUGGAUAAGUUAUUUGGGAAGCGGCUGCUGCAGGCUGGGAGACACAUCAUGUCUCAUAAGUCUUGGAUGAAAACGGUGCCUACAGAGAACUGUGAUGUCCUCAUGACAUUUGCAGACGGUACAGAUGACCACACGUUGCUAUGGCUACUGAACCACAUCCGGCUGGGAAUCCCAGAACUCAUCAUCCAAAUCCGACAUCAUAAGCACACGCGAGUCUACGCAUUCUUCGUCACAGCUACGUAUGAAAAUUUGCUGCGAGGUGCAGAGGAGAUGGGAUUGAGGAAAGGUGUGAAGCCUGAAUUUGGUGGCGGAACACGGAGCUUCUCCUGUGAGGAGGACUACAUAUACGAGAACAUCGAGAGCGAGCUGUGCUUCUUCACUUCACAGGAGAGGCAGAGCAUCAUCAAAUACUGGAUGGACAAUCUACGUGCCAAACAUGGGGAGGUGCUUCAUAAUAUUAACUUCCUGGAAGGCCAGCCAAUCAUCCCAGAGCUGAGUGCGCGAGGUGUGAUCCAGCAGGUUUUUCCUCUCCAUGAGCAGAGGAUCCUCAGUCAGCUCAUGAAGUCUUGGGUCCAGGCUGUUUGUGAGAAACAACCCUUAGAUGAUAUCUGUGACUACUUUGGGGUGAAGAUUGCUAUGUAUUUUGCCUGGCUGGGUUUUUACACCACCUCUAUGUUAUAUCCUGCUGUGAUCGGCUUCGUGCUUUGGAUGCUAACUGAGUCCGAUCAGACGAGCCGUGACAUCUGCUGUGUGGUGUUCGCCCUGUUCAACGUGGUGUGGGCCACUCUGUUUCUGGAGCGCUGGAAGAGGAGGGGGGCUGAGCUGGCGUACAAGUGGGGAACACUGGACACACCUGCUGAAUCCCUGGAGGAGCCUCGGCCUCAGUUCAGGGGAGUGAAGCGUUGCAGUCCCAUUACAGGCUGCGAGGAGUUCUACUAUCCUCCGUGGCGGAGGCGUGUGUUCAGGUGGCUGGUCAGCCUGCCCAUCUGUAUCCUCUGUCUCUGUUUUGUCUUCCUGGUUAUGCUCAUCUGCUUUGAGCUGCAGGAGUUUGUGAUGGGGAUCAAGGAAAUGCCUCGUCUGGCGCGCUUCAUCCCUAAAAUCAUGCUAGCUAUCACUGUGACUGCAUGUGACGAAGUGUACAGGAAAAUCGCCUGCUGGCUUAACGACAUGGAAAACUAUAGACUCCAGAGUGCCUAUGAGAAAAAUCUCAUCAUCAAAAUGGUUCUAUUUCAGUUUGUAAAUUCUUAUCUCAGCCUUUUUUACAUUGGAUUCUACCUCAAAGACAUGGAGCGUCUCAAAGAGAUGCUGCUGGUGUUGUCUCUGUUAAGGAGUCUGCAGCGGCAGGUCCGGGUCAAUGUGCUGCCUUCCCUCCUCUUCAGGAUCCAGAUGGUUGUGGUCUCUGUUCCCUGGUUCUUCAGGGCUUUACUCAGGUCUAAAAUGCUGGCCACUCUUCUCAUCAUCCGACAGUUCCUUCAAAAUGUGAAGGAGGUGCUGCAGCCUUACCUGUACGAGCGACACAAGCUGGGCGAGCUCACGCUGCGAGCUGUGUGGGACCUGCUGCUCUCUGUGCUGCUGAAAUACGCCCGGCUGGCUGCUGGAAAAGCACAGGUCUCCCCAACUGACCAGGCCAUGCCAGGGCCAGGUCUGAGGGGCACCAGGCCGGGGCUGGGGCAGUCAGAAAGAAGGGAAAAGAAGUGUUUGAACGGCGGAUGCGGGGUGCCUGAUGAAGAGGAGGGAGGUGAGAGGGACGAGGCAGACAGCGGGAGGUUUAGUGAAGGGGAGACGGAGGAGGAGAAUCUAAUCGACUGUGGUUUGAAGCUGAGAAAAGUCAGCUUCAUAGAGAAGGUUGACAGAAGGCCGGCCUGCAGCGGACCUCCCAUAGACAACACUUUCCUGGAGGAGGGGAGCCCCACCAUGGUGGAAAAAGGAAUGGACCCCGCCUCUGUAUUUGAAUUAUGCGAUGACGACGACGAUAACGGCAUCCAUGAUGUGAAGGAGGCGGGCGGGGGAGGGACAGGUGCAGCUGAGGGACUAAAUGCUGCUGCUGGUACUUCUGCUGCCCCGGUGCCUUCUGGGUCUGAGAGCGGCACGUCACUGCGACACAGAAGAAGAGGCAGGAGCGUAGAGAGACCUGAGCAAAAGACAAAAAGGGAGUCAUGGAUGGACCCCCCAGAGGAGAGAGAGAGUAACCUGCUCACUCAGGCUGAGAUGGAGAGCUGCAUGCAGACUUACGCUGACACCUUUCAGGACUACCAGGAGAUGUUCGUCCAGUUUGGCUACGUGGUGCUCUUCUCCUCAGCCUUUCCUCUGGCUGCCAUGUGCGCUCUAAUCAACAAUAUCAUAGAGAUCCGCAGUGAUGCCUUCAAGCUCUGCACUGGUCUGCAGAGGCCGUUUGGACUGAGAGUGGAGAGCAUCGGCCAGUGGCAGACUGCAAUGGAAGCUAUGGGCCUGAUUGCCAUCAUAGUGAACUGCUACCUGAUUGGUCAGUGUGGUCAGCUGCAGCGUCUCUUUCCGUGGCUCAGCCCUGAAAUGGCCAUCAUUUCCAUUGUCAUCCUUGAGCACUUUGCCAUCCUGCUAAAGUACGUCAUCCAUGUUGCCAUCCCUGACAUUCCCACAUGGGUGCAAGAGGAGAUGGCAAAACUGGAUUAUCAGCGCAGGGAGGCCUUCAAGAAGCACGAGCGACAGGCGCAGCAGCAUUACCAGCAGCUGCAGAGGAGGAAGAGAGAGGAGGAGGAGCGGCAGAGGCAGGCGGAGCACAUGGCCCGCAGGGAGAGGGAGCGGGACGACAGCAAGGGCGACUCCUCCGGGGAUCACCACCACGACAAGAGUCACAGCAGUAAAUCUCGUACUGGGGGAGGAGGAGGAGGAGGGGGCAGCGGCGGGUCAGACAAACCCAAGAGGCCCAGCUCUCUGCUGGCCAACAACAAUGUGAUGAAGCUGAAGCAGAUCAUCCCCCUGCAGAGUAAGUUCUCCUCCGCGGGCGCCCGCUCCCCUCAGUCACCCACAGGCAGCGAGCCAAAGCUGCCCGGCUUCCUGAGCUUCAAAUUCCUCAAAUCACCAGAGAAUAAGAAGGAAGGUGCUGCGGCUUCUUCUGCAGCUAACGCCACAGCAGCUAACGCCACAGCAACAGCAUCUUCAUCAUCAGGUAGCAGCUCUCAGGAGCGUUCUCAGUCACCCAGCAAAGCCUUCAACCCUGGGAAACUGUUUAACUUUGGGAAAUCUGAGGGGUGUGUGAAUGGAGCCCCGCUGCCCAGAUCCGGGGAAACAUCAUCAUCGUCACAGAUUUCAGAGAGACAAGCAUCCAGGUCUGACCUGAACGGCGUUCCAGACGAGAUCCCCUCACCUGGAGGGGAGGGGUCUGAGAAUGGACAUUCGAUAGACUUGGACCCCGCUGGCUCUAAAGUCUAGUAGCUCUGUAGAAAACAAACUUGUUGUUGGUUUUACCUGAACCGAAGAAGACAUGUGGGUACUGUGACCUACGUGCUGUGUGUGAUCACAGGAUCAGUGUAGAGGUACUUGAAGAGGACUUCUUUGGUUUGCUUUUAUGCGGAGAGACAAAAAACAGGCUUGUAAGAAAGGCAUAAGCCCUCCUACCAUGAAAAAUACACACAGACACACACACACACACACACACACACACACACACACACACACACACACACACACACACACACACACAAACAUCGAAUCCUUCCUUGUCUGCAAUACAUAAAGAAAUGCAUGAGCUGCGUUUCUAAUAUUUUUAAGCCUUUAAAGCAGAGAGCUGUGUUUUUUUAUUUCAUCCAGUCAUAAAUUGUAAGCAUCUCGCCUCCCACUCAAGACGUGACAGUGGAGGAUAAG